AUGGCGCGGCCCGGGGCAAUUAGUGAUGAGUCGGAAGGCACACGAGACCCUGUACUCGCUCGUGAGAAGCUCUGCGAUAGUACCAACACAGUUUUCUUUGGCACAAACCUUCCCCACCCGGGGAACAAGCCGAAGCACCUAGCAUAUCUGAACGACGAGCACUUCAAAGUCAUCUCGUCAGAAGCGGUGGCAAACCAUCCGGAAGGACGUGCAAACGAAGCAUUGGAGCACCUUGAGCAGAACAAGGUUGAGGCUAUCUGGGUCCAUCUUGAUAUUGACUCCAUUGAUCCAGGCGAAUUCCCGCUGGCAAAUGUCCCAAACUUUACAGGUGUGGCAUUUCAGACGAUGAUGCAAGCCCUGACAGUACUCAUGGCUAGCACCAAUGUCGUUGGACUGUCCAUCGCAGAGAGAUCGUGA